AUGUCCUCGCUGGUGAAGGAGGACCUGGCGAAGAGGCUGUUCGGCCCCCGGCGGCAGAGGCUGCACGAGUUCAUCGAGGUGGAGGGCGCGGGCGCCCAGCGCUACUACCUGUGCGCCGCAGUAACUAAAAGUAAAGAAGUAGAAAUAUGUAUGGUUAAACACUGGCGAGUGGACCGAGAGGAGAAAUAUGAAAUAGUUGAAAAGUGGUUUUUGAAAGAUCUGGAAAUGAUUGAUGGAAAAGAAGCAGAUACAGAUAAUCCAUAUUUUGAUAUGCAUUUCCACAAAGUCUACAGUAUGGAAGCUUAUAGUUGUGCAUCUAAAUAUACCUUUGCUCGAACACUAAACAAACUGAAUGCGAUGUACCUUAAGAAGGACUUCAAGAUUGUGAACUUUGAUGACACCUAUCUAAAUGAUGAUUCAAUCUGGUCAUCCAGCAAUAGAGAUUUCUUAGUAGUUAUGAGGAUUUGCUUCUAUGCUUCCAACCUUUUAUGUCUCUCCCUCUGUCGUUUCUCCUAA